UUCUGUUCUCCCUCCCUUUCCACCCUCAACAAUCUUUAUCUUCAUGGAUCAUCCAAUCCUUCACUUAUUAGCCAUUAUCCUCUUUAUCCUCUUCUUAUUUGUGGCACUAAAAAUUGGGAGGAAUCUCAAGAAAAGUGACUCAACUCCAAAUAUACCUCCUGGGCCAUGGAAGCUACCAAUUAUAGGACAUAUACCCCAUCUUGUUACAUCUACACCACAUCGAAAAAUAAAAAAUUUGGCCAAUAUUUAUGGACCCUUGAUGCAUUUACAACUUGGAGAGGUCUUCACAAUCGUUGUUUCCUCACCAGAGUAUGCUAGGGAGGUAAUGAAAACUCAUGAUGUCAUCUUUGCAUCAAGGCCUCCUAUUCUAGCUACAGAAAUAUUGUCUUACGAAUCCACAAAUAUUGGUUUUUCACCUUACGGAAAUUAUUGGAGACAACUAAGAAAAAUAUGCACACUGGAACUUUUCACCCAAAAGCGUGUCAGUUCAUUCCAGCCAAUAAGAGAAGAAGAGCUAACCAAUCUUAUCAAAAGGAUUGAUUCACAGAAAGGAUCACCCGUCAACAUUACACAAGCAGUAACUUCAUCAAUAUUUACUAUCACUUCAAGGGCUGCAUUUGGCAAGAAAUGCAAAGACCAAGAAGAAUUCAUAUCAGCGGCCAAAGAAACAAUAACAGUCGCAGGAGGUUUUGACAUAGGAGAUAUGUUUCCUUCUGCUAAAUGGCUUCAACACGUUACUGGUUUGAGGCCUAAGCUUGAGAGGUUGCAUCGGAAAGUUGAUCAAAUAUUGGAAAACAUCAUCACUGAACAUAAAGAGAAGUCAAAACCCAAAGAAGGCAAAGAUGAUGCAGAGGAAGAUCUGAUAGAUGUUCUCUUAAAAUUUCAGGAUGGUAAUGGCAGCAACCAGGAUAUUUGCUUAACUAAUAACAAUAUAAAGGCUAUAACCCUGGAUAUCUUUGUUGCUGGAGGUGAGACAGCAGCAACUACCAUAGAUUGGGCAAUGGCAGAGAUGGUCAAGGAUCCAAGAGUAAUGAAGAAAGCGCAACAUGAGGUGAGAGAAGUAUUCAAUAUGAAAGGAAUGGUUGAUGAAAUUUGCAUCAAUGAACUCAAAUAUUUGAAAUUUGUUGUCAAAGAGGCCUUGAGGUUACACCCUCCAGUUCCUCUUUUACUUCCAAGAGAAUGUGGGCAAGCAUGUGAGAUUAAUGGGUAUCACAUACCAGCCAAAAGUCGGGUCAUUGUCAAUGCUUGGGCAAUUGGAAGAGAUCCAAAGUACUGGAUUGAACCAGAGAGGUUUUAUCCAGAGAGAUUCAUGAAUAGCUCUAUAAAUUAUAAAGGAAGUAAUUUUGAGUACAUUCCUUUUGGAGCUGGAAGAAGAAUAUGCCCAGGUAGCACACUGGGUUUAAUAAAUGUUGAGUUGGCCCUUGCAUUGUUGUUGUAUCACUUUGAUUGGAAAAUUCCUAAUGGAAUGAAGAGUGAGGACUUGGAUAUGACUGAGCAAUUUGGAGUGGCUGUUAGAAGAAAAUAUGACCUGUACUUGAUACCCACCUCACCCUUACCAAGUGUUUAA